AUGGGAUCUUUUUUAGGUUUCUAUUUUGUUACACUGAAUAUAUUGGCCAUCACAACUUUUGCUCCGGUCACAGCCGCCGAGGAACUCGCAGUAGGUGGCGGCGCUGGGUGGCGACAGCCGGGUGCUAAUGAAACUGAAAUGUAUUCCCAUUGGGCUGCUACAAGGAGAUUUCGGAUUGGUGAUUCACUCCGUUUUGAGUACAAGAAUGAUUCAGUUGUUGUGGUGGAUAAAUGGGGGUACUAUCACUGCAAUGCAAGCCAUCCUAUAUCAGUGUACAACACUGGGAACACCAUUAUUAAUAUUGAAAAGUCUGGUCCUAUGUACUUUGUAAGUGGAGAUCCUGAGCAUUGCAAGAAUGGGCAAAGAUUGUUGGUUGAGGUGAUUAGGGUGCACCAAGAUUCUCCUGCACCAUCACCAUUAUCAAGUGCAGCCUCAUCUUCUGUUUUCUCCAAUUUCGUUUUCUUAUGUAUUGUCCUGAUUACUGCCUCCUCUAUUAUGUGA